UUCAACUGGUUUAUUCUUAAAGUUCAUAAGAAAUAAUACAUUAGAUCAAUAAAAAUGUCUAGUCCUUCACAAACAGAAAUAAGACAUAUACGACCUUAUGUACACUAUAAUUGUAGUUGUCCUGAUGUAAAUAUUAGUUUAGAGUCGGAAAAUGAAGAGACUUUUAAUAUUGAUUCUCCUAGAAUACAAUUUUCUACUUUUUCUAUAUCUAAACUCUAUUUUUGUAACGAUUGUCAUCAAAUAAGAUGCCCUAGAUGCGUGCAAGAAGAAAUUGUUAGUUAUUAUUGUCCUAAUUGCUUAUUUGAAGUUCCCACAGCUAGUGUGAAAAGCGAGAGAAAUAGGUGUGCACGUAAUUGUUUUCAAUGUCCAAUUUGUCAAAAUACACUUUCAGUUCUACCUAGCAGUGAGCCACAACCGCCUCCAUCUCCUAUCUCACCUACUACUGUACCUGUACCUACUGUUUCUGCCACUGGUGCACCAUAUUAUCUUUCAUGUGGUGUUUGUCGUUGGGAUUCACAAGAAAUAGGCAUGACUUUCGAAAAAGCUACUGGUUUAGCUUUACAACUUCAAAGAACUGAAGAUGAAAGACCAGAUGUUAAAGAAUUUGAUCAUCUUAAAGACCAUUUUGAAAAACAUAUGCGCCUUAAUACACCUUCGACUGCUCUUCCCUCUUCUUUACUAUCUAUUCCGGGAAUGAGUAGUUUUAGUAACAGAUAUGGUGGUAUGGUGUCUAAUAAUCAGCAAAAGUCGGAUGAUAUUGUACCAUAUGAAGCUGUUGCAAAAGUUGAAAUUGAAAGCGGAUUAGUUGAUGAUUUGGUUCAGUUAAAAGAUGUUAACCAAAUUACUACAUUAACUCAAAGAAUUAAUCAACUUAGUGAUCAACCUUACAAAGUGGAGCGUCUUCAGCCACAACGUAUUCAUCUUCGCACUAAACGCGUAAAAAGAUGUCGUUCAUGUCGGCAUAUUCUUAUUAAACCAGAGCAAAAAGCUCAAUCAACUAAAUUCAAGAUUAAACUUGUUGCGUUAAAUAACAUACCGAAGAUUUCUAUUGCAAGUUUACCAAAACUUAUUCUUAAUCAACGUACACAAAUUGUUCUUAAAUUUUCAAACCCAUUAGACGAAGAAAUUUCAGUGGAUUUAACUACACAAGAGGAAACUAAUGAAUGUGGAAAGGUUGACAUUCUUGCUCCACACUUUAAUAUUACACCGUAUGAUGGUUUAUGGGAAUACGAGGAACCAGAUUUAAUUGCUUCAAAAUCACGUACUGCACCUAAUUCUAUUGGUAUUUAUGAAAGACGUGGUGACUCUACAAGUAUCAUUGUUGAAAUUACUCCGUUAUCCGAAGUUGAAGAAUUCAGAUUUCCUCUUCUGGUUACGUACACUUGUAAAAACAAUGAGAAUGAUGGCGCUGUAACCGAAGAAAAGACAUUAGAUGAGACUAGUUCUUUGAAAGCUACAGGUGGUGAUUCUACUGCUGAUGAAAGUACAAGAACUUUAUCUUUCUGGACCGUAAUAGGUUUAGGUCCUGUUAUUAAACCACCUUCGGGAGUAAGCGGUACAUUAGUUUCGGGACCAAGAUCAGAACCUUCUGGGUCUAAAGGAGUGACCUCAAGAGGCUCUAGUGGUAAUUCGAACCGCAAGUAACUUAGAAUUCGUAAUUAAAUUAUAAGUAAUUUAAAAAAUGAUUUUACACGUUUUCUUGUUUUGAAUUUGAGUUUUGUCUAUUUAUUAUUCAUUAAAUCAAAUGUUAAAAUUUACUUGAUAGUGAAUUUAUUUUCCACAUCACAUCGUAGGUUACACGAAUAAAAAAAGU